GAUAUGUUUAAAAAACUGUAUUUAUUGCUGAUUUUGUAAUAGAUCGAUGAAUUAUUUUAAGUACAAGAGAACAUGCUUGACAUAAGUAAAUGCAAGAUUGUUAUGCAGGAAAUCCGGAUUUCCGCCUGUACUUUGCUAGCAAGUAAAACAAGUGAGUACUAUAAAAACUCUAAAGAGGAUUGCAUGAAUAACUGCUUACAUUGAAACAAUAAAAAAAUCAAGUGCUGAAGCAUAGUGCAGUUAAAUAUGAAUCUGUGUAUCUGCUUCUAUGGCAUCUAGGACAGCACUACUAAGUUUGGUAUUUUUAUUAUCAACUAUUCACGUCCUAUCAAGGCAAUGCAGAGGAUCAUUCCGUUGUUGUUUUGGAUAUAAGUGGAAUGAAGCAACAAGGUCUUGUAUAAAAUGUAAUGUGGGAUACACUGGAGUAGUAUGUGAUAUGCCCUGUCCAUAUCCUUAUUAUGGGGAGCAUUGCCAACAAAGAUGUCUGUGUAAAAAGGAGAGCUGCAACAUUUCAUUUGGCUGCGUUUUGGCCAAGGACAUAUUCCCAGUGGAAGAGAAUUCUUUAACUAUCAGUUCAGUUUUCACAACAAAAUCCCUUCCCCCAAAGCGCAAAUAUUUUGGUAACAUAUUCGCAGUAGGAAUAAUACGGGAGAAUGUUGUAACCUUUCCUCAGACAAAUUCCUCAGAGUCAAUUCUCAAUCGUUCAGAUACUUUUUCUACACCCGAAUCCAGAAGCAGUCUAUCCACCACACUAAUCGUCUUCCUUGUACCUUUAAUUUUGUUUGUGAUUGUGGUGAUAACUGUACUUGUUGUUUAUAAAGCUGUCAAAAAACCGGGAAGCAAAAUUACAAAUACAGUAUACUAUGAACCCAUUCACAAUGACAGGGUACAGGAAUCAGACCAUGCACCAAUGAUAAACACAAACAUAAAUAACAAAGGAAGAUACGCUGAAUUGAAAGUAAUUAGUAAGAACUGAGUGCUUCAGAUUUGAAUUUCUGUGCUUAUGACAAUAUGCAAUGGUAAUUGAAAAUUUAUUAAAAUGUUCUAAUUGAUAAA